GGGAUUUGAAGAUGGAAAACAUAAUGUUGGACGCAAAACACAAGAACAUAAAAAUUGUAGACUUUGGAUUGAGCAAUACUUACGAUUCGGACCAAAUACUUCAAACCCACUGUGGUUCCGCGGAAUAUGCUGCGCCUGAACUGUUUAUUGCUGGACAGAACUACGGACCAGAAGUUGAUAUUUGGAGCAUGGGCAUAUGUAUGUUUGCGAUGGUAACUGGCCGCCUACCCUUCACAACACCACAUAGUGAGAAUCGCCGUCUUCAUUUACUCCAACAAAUCCAGUUUGGUCUUGGAUCCAGGCAUGACGCAGAUUUGCAGAAUCUUAGUACUGAUUGCCAAGAGCUUUUAAGGGCGUGCAUUGAGUCGAACCCAGAACUACGUAUCCCACUCUUGGAUGUACAGCUACACCCAUGGCUAACUAAUCGGGAUGAAGAACCAUUUACGCCGUACAAACAGCUAGCUAAAGACAAUGAUGUGAACUCAAAUGCUAUUCAACAAAUGUCGGAGUAUUUUAAACUACCAGUCCAACAAAUUUCUCAGCGUGUCCAUGACUAUAGUUUAGAUGAAUACAGCGCCAUCUAUAACAUCCUGGUUGACGACUUACUGAAGAAGAAGGGCUUAUUUGAUAGUGAUCACACCCUGAAGAAACCCACGACCCACCACACGCCAGUAAAACUACCAGAAAGUCCUAAGUAUAAUGAAGUUGAAGAUACCAACGAAGACGUACAAGUUAUUCCAAGACCGACGACGCCAGCGGUAGUAGGAUUGGUGAAAUAUACCAACCACACGCCAACAAAGCAACCUAUUGAUAAUUUGGAUUUUGAAUUAGCUGUUUUAAACAACAACUGUCCAGAAACACUGAGCCGAAGACCACGUACUGCUAUAUGCCCACCUACAGGUAUUAACACGAAGCCAAUAGGAAAUGCCACAACAGUUAACAGCAUAAUAGCAAGAAGCUACAACAAAAAUAGCAAACAUUAUCAACGACCAAGAACAACUGCUACCUGUCAGCCAAGCAAGUCGCCGAUUCCGAAAAACACAGGUCAUUUAGGUAACACCAGGAAAUAUAUCUGGGAACAUUCAACUCCAGCAAAACGAGACACCAAGAAACCUGCCACGAAAACACAAAAGAAGGUGUGUCCGAAACCAGAGGCAACAUUGGCAAUGCUGGCUGUUGUCGAUAUGGCUGAUGCAGACCAGAAAGCGAUUAAAAAGCAACCAGACAAUAAACCUUCAACCACAUUUAAACAUCAGAAUGAGAUCUUCGAGAACGCAACGCCAUCAGUCAUUAGACCUUCCUUUACGAAUCAUUUCCGAACUAAAACGCCAGAUAUUACGAACAAAAAGUAUGUCCAGUUCUCAAAAGAUGCAAACCUACCAAAGAACGAGGCAAUUAGAUCCAAUGAAAUGAGUGUUAUCUACAUGAAUAAGACUUUCAAACAUGGUUAUCAGCUGAGUCGUACUGCUACUAUGUACGACCCAUCAGAGAAUACCUCCCGUGUUUCGUUUAAUGAAUUCAAACCAAAACUUGCUCUAAAGUUGAAAGAAUCGCGUGCUAGUACUUCAACUAGAGGGAGCAAUGUUGACGAUUUUGAUCGAGAUUUUGCCAGUUCAAGGUUAUCAUCAUCGACCCUUUCCUCGGAAAAUGUCUUAAGGCCUCCAACUAGACUUCUUUUACAAGCUCCUAAAGUGUCGAUACAACCUGGCACAGAUAAAAUGUCUGUUUCUAAACAAUAUGUGCCAGUAGAAAAGCAGAAUAUUUUGCAGAGUCCAAUGCCACAGAGAAUCUGUUGGAAGAAGAAAAGAACGUCAACCAAAGACAAAGAGAAAAAAGAUGCAAAUAUGGUUAAGAUUAUAGUCUCAAAAAAUAACGUAUACCAUAAUAUUCCAGAAAAUUAUAUACGUGUUGUUUCAGCUAAUCCAGCCACUUGCAGUGCUCGUCAAAUUCAACAUCAACCCCCACGGAAAGCAAACGUUUUAACAAAUUCACCAAAUGUAGUCAAGCAAAUCAACAUGAAAAAAUAUAAUCCUACAGUUGACCACGUUUCAAACAGUUGCUCAUCGGUGUCAUGUAAGGAAUGCAAAAAAGAAGAACUGCGCAGCUCUGGCUUGAAGAUGUUCCAGCUACUCAAAGAUGCAACUCCCUGUUCUCGUGGAGAAACAGUUAACAUGUGUUUUGAAAAACAGGAAACGCAGUAUCGACAAGAUGAUCGAGCAAAGCAAUGUUAUAAAGACCAACUUCCAAGUAAACUUAAAGCAUCGUCCUCGCCGAAGAUCUCGAAGCAAGCUGCCAAUAUGCUGAGAACUCAGAGCCUAAUAACAAAAGCUAAGGGUAACAUUCAACCACCGCAAUCUCGUCCAAGAUUAAAAUUUACACAAGCUGAUAUUUACACAAUUGUAACAAAGCCACCAAUCCUGAAAACUGAUGACAAGAAAAAGGUUUUUGAAAUAAAAAAAACACACAUAGGAAAUGAUGAAACUAAAGCCUAUGUGGGAGAAAAAAAUCAGUCAGUCACUUUCGGGUUUGCAUUAGAAAGAAAGAUCAGCAAUGCAUUCAAAGAAGGUCACGUGAUUUCGAAUAUGAAGAAGACACCGGAUUCACUCGCAUUGAUAAACAGUGUAUAAAACAGAGGCGUUAAUCAUUUGUGUUUUAAUUGUUAGUUUAACAAUUAGAUUGUGUAAAAUCCAAAUAUUUUAAUAUACUAAAAUUGAUAAAAAUUUAUACCAAAAAUACAUGUUUAUUAUAGCCAAUUAUUUAUUGUUGCCAAUGACAACUUCAUGCGUAAUACUAUGAAAUCUAAAGUAAAGACAUUUGUAAGACAUUUAAUUGGUUUGUUGUUUUUGAUAUUGUAGUUUAUGUAAAUGAAUUGAAGUAUGUUCGAACCGAUACAAUUAAAUAUUUUAUCUGCCUACUCUAAUAGCCAAUGCCACCUCAUUUCAACCACAUUCGCACUACAUCUGUGCCUACACACUGUACCCAAAUUUGAGGUCCAGUGCAGUAGACAUGAUACAGACAUAUGCAAGGGUUUUCUAAAUUAUACUACAGUCAAACCUAAUAAUACCUAUUUAUACUUAAUUUCAUUUAUCCGGACAAGAAAUACCGGGAUGGUGUCCAGUGGGGAUAGCAUUACCUUUUUAAACUUUAGUUAAAAGUGUUAAUCAUAAAUAUAAGUCUGAUAUUUACAAUUUGGUAUUUAUAUUAUAAUGGCUAUAAAUAAUAAUAAUUAUCUAAGGACUUUGGAUUUCCUUUUUUCUUGGAGAUUGUAUAUCCAUAUUAAACACGGAUUGUAAAACAGCCGCAAAAACACUUUCUUUUAUAAUUUAAACAUUCAGGUAUAUUAGGGAGAAUGUUAGAUUAAUUGAUGAUGUCACUCCAAGGUGCAGCUAUAUUUAUUGACUAUCGUAAAAGAUUUUACAGUAUUAAUAGGGAUUUCAGUUUGAACGUUCUCCAUGUUUUAAACGGUAUUUAAAGUUGUAUUUACCAUAACGGAUGGAUAUUACAAGUUGUAGACGUGAAUCGUAGUGUACAAAGUUUAUCCAUUAGGCACCCUCUUUUUUUUUAUUGUUGGAGUAGAAAUUCUCGCUGUAAAAAGUAGACAGUGUAACAAUUUCAAUGGAAUAAAACUCCCAAUGUAAAACAACAGCAACAACAAUAAUAAUAAUAAUAAUAAUAAUAAUAAUAAUAAUAAUAAUAAUAAUAAA